CUCCUUCUUCCUCGCUGACCUCUCUCAUGUCUGUGGCGAUUUCGUGCGCGGAAUCGAUGUGAAGAAUUCCGCUUCUUCGGCUAAUGUUUUCAGGUUGGUGGAAGGUCCAUGGUGCAGGUCCUAAAUGGCUGACAAAGAAAUGGGGAAAUUUUUUGACACCACUGUGAACAAAGGAAAAGAGUGCACCUUGGCAGUUAGUUCAGCAGUUGGUUCUCUUGUGCAGUUCCAUCAGAAUCUUCAGAAUUGUUUAAAGGCACACCUGAGGAAAGUCGUGAAGAACAGACAGAAAUUUGAUGCUAGAAGUCCUCUGACGCUGGUGGACAGAGAAUCACCCAUUGCUUUGGACAUCGACUUUCACAAGCAGCUAGACGCCUGGAAAGAAAACUCAUUCUGGGUUGAUCAGCCACCAGAGAUCAAGGUUUCUGUACCUAAAGGAUCUCUUUGCAAUUUGAAUGUGAAUUUCAAGGUUGGCUUACCCCCAGAUGCAAUAUAUAACAUUGUCACCGACCCAGAAAACAAAAGGGUGUUCAAGAACAUAAAGGAAGUAAUAUCCAGAAAGGUGUUAAUAGAUGAGGGCUUAAGGCAGGUUGUGGAGGUGGAGCAAGCAGCAAUAUGGAGGUUUCUUUGGUGGUCUGGAACUAUAUCGGUUCAUGUCAUAGUUGAUCAAAACCGGAAAGACCAUACGGUCAAAUUCCAGCAAGGGAGAUCAGGGUUUAUGAAAAGAUUCGAGGGUUGUUGGAAAGUAGAACCAUUAUUUGUCGAUGAACACUUAUGCCAACCUUUCAAGCCAAGAACAUGGGACAAUUACAAUACUUGCACGCAGGGCAAAGGAAGAGUUGGAUCCAUUGUGAGUUUAGACCAGCUGAUCCAGCCAUCUCUUGUCCCACCACCACCUAUUUCAUGGUAUCUGAGGGGAAUAACCACGAGAACCACGGAGAUGCUUAUAAGUGACCUUAUCGCUGAGGCUGCAAGGUUAAGGGGUGCAGUCAGUCGUGCAGAAGCGAGGAAGAAGGAGCUUGAAACAGAUGAUGAACGUGAGAAUGCGCCGAACUCAUCCUAUGCUCCCGAUGAUAUCAAAAAGAGAUGGCAGCGAAGACGAGAUAGGCGACACAACAAGAGAAUACGUUUGCCGGUGCAUUAAACUCUUGUAUGAUAGAUACUGAAAGAUCCUUCGAAUCGGAGAAUAUUGCAUUUGAUCAAAUGAAGACGGGGCCAAG